AUGGCUCUGACAUCAUGGAAAGCUUUCAACUUCUUCGACGUCUCUCCCGUCAAGCUGCCGGAGGAGAGUGCGUCGGUGUUCAAUACUGAUAUAUCAUCUCUUUGCACCGGCUCCGCCAACCUCUUCCUCGGAUCCGCUGACGGCCAUGUUCACAUCGUUUCGUCGGGCUUCAAAACCGUCCGAUCAUUCAAGGCAUCAGACGCCGGAUCCAUCACUCAUAUCAGACAAAUCGAGGGCUCUUCGCUUCUGGUUACUAUCGCGGAGGACUUGUUGAAUGAACCCAUUCUUAAAGUCUGGGCGCUUGAUAAAUCGGAGAAGAAGACGGGGGCGCCACGAUGCUUGUCGACAACGUCCAUCCAGAAUGCAAGGAGACUCUUUCCCAUAUCGGCAUUUGCAGCGCUCAGUGACCUUUCGCAGGUCGCGGUCGGAUUCGCCAACGGUUCCGUCGCGAUCAUUCGCGGCGAUUUGAUCCACGAUCGUGGCGCGCGACAACGCAUUGUUUUCGAGUCGGAGGAGCCGGUAACCGGUCUGGAGGUGCAGCACGGACAAAUCGCAACCCUCUAUAUCUCUACGACAAGCCGGAUUUUGGCCUUGAUCAUCGCUGGGCGAGGACAGGGCCAGCCAGCGCGCGUCCUAGAGGAUACGGGUUGCGCCCUUGGGUGCAUGUCCUUGGAGAAGGAGUCGGGAUAUAUUCUUGUUGCAAGGGAGGAUGCAAUAUACACAUACGGGCCGCACGGGCGUGGUCCCAGCUAUGCAUUUGAGAGCUUUAAAAGCUCGCUAAACAUCUUCAAGGAUUAUCUUGCCUUGGUUUGCCCUCCGAAGGUUGGAGGUUCGAAGUCAGACUCUCUGCGAAACUUUGGGGUGAAUCAGUCCGAAGAUAUCUUCUCGACCACAACGUUCACGCUGCUCGAUACGGAUCUCAAAUUCAUUGCCCAUUCCGAGUCCCUCGUGUCUUCGGUGAAGCAGGUUUUCAUCGAAUGGGGAGAUUUGUUUCUCCUCACUACGGAUGGAAAGAUCUUUCGCUACCGCGAAAAGACCCUUCAGCAAAAGCUUGAAAUUCUCUACCAGCGCAAUCUUUAUAUUCUAGCGAUUAACUUGGCCCAGAAGACCGGCGUUGAUAAUCUACAGCAGAACACCAUUUACCGCAAAUAUGGUGACUUUCUCUACCAGAGGGGUGAUUAUGACACAGCAAUGCAGCAGUACCUCAGGGCUAUUGAUAAUACGGAGCCAUCACAAGUCAUUCGAAAGUAUCUCGACACUCAGCGCAUUCACAACUUGAUCGAAUACCUCGAAGAGCUACACGACCAUGAUCGAGCUACCGUGGAUCACACGACUCUGCUCUUAAAUUGCUACGCCAAGCUGAAAGAUACCAGCAAAUUAGAUGCUUUUAUCAAAGCCCCAGGCGAGCUGAAGUUCGACCUGGAAACUGCCAUUGCGAUGUGCCGACAAGGAGGCUACUACGAACAAGCUGCUUACCUGGCUACCAAGUAUGGUGAAAAUGAGAUGGUUGUUGAUAUACUGGUCGAGGACUCCAAGAAGUACGCAGAGGCAGUGGAGUACAUCUGGCGACUCGAUCCUGAGCUGGCACAUCCUUACCUCAUGAAAUAUGCGCGCGUCUUACUAUCGAACUGCCCGCAGAGAACCACCGAUCUUUUUAUCGAGUACUACAAGGGGCAAUUCAAGCCACGAACAGAAGUCGAACUCCCAGCGGAGCCGCAGGCACAGUCAGGCAGUACCUUACAGAACCUGGCGGCCUUUCUUCCUCUCUCUCUGAUGAGCACCAAGGGCACACGAGCAGAUGCAGUUGAAACGGCACCGACAGCCCCGGAGGAGACAGCUGAGCAAACGCCGGAGUAUCAGGUCCCCAAACCUCGAACAGCAUUCUCUGCCUUUGUUGGACACCCACAAGAAUUCAUCGCUUUCCUAGAAGCGCUCAUCAGUCAGGAUGAUGUGAAGAAGGACGACAAGGUGGAUUUAUACACGACGCUCUUCGAAAUGUAUUUGGACACUGCCAAUCGGAAGAAGGGCGCCGGGGAGAAGGAAAAAUGGGAGACCAAGGCUAAACAGUUGAUUGAGGGCAAGGAUAUUCCCAUCUCCACCUCCAAUGUUCUACUGUUAUCCGACCUUUCCGGCUUCCGAGAAGGGUCAACCCUGGUGCGGGAGCAAGAAGGCCUUCGCUCGGAUAUUUUCAGAUCGUUCACUUCCGCCAAAGACACACAUGGUGCCAUCAAGGCCUUGAAGAAAUACGGACCGGAGGAACCCCAUCUCUAUGUCGACGCCCUGACCUACUUCGCGUCGAGCCCCAAAAUUCUGGAAGAGGCUGGGGAUGAGCUAGACGUUGUCCUCAAGAGAAUCGACGAUGAUGGCCUAAUGUCGCCGCUCCAAGUGAUUCAAACCCUCAGCAACAAUGCAGUUGUCACAAUGGGCCGGGUGAAGAAGUACCUGAGUGACAACAUCGAGCGCGAGCGCAAAGACAUAUCGAGCAAUCGCCGACUCAUAUCCAGUUACAGCACGGAAACUGAGAACAAACGAAAGGAACUCGAGCAACUGGGCACUAAGCCGGUUGUCUUCCAGGCUCGUCGGUGCAUGUCCUGUGGGGGAUCCCUCGACCUUCCGACGGUUCACUUCCUCUGCAAACAUUCUUUCCACCAACGUUGUUUGAACAGGGUGGACGAUGAUGCGGAGUGUCCAACGUGUGCACCGCAGAACUCGACCAUCAAGGCAAUUCGAAAACGCCAGGUAGAAUCGGCAGACCAGCAUGAUCUGUUCAAGGGGGAGCUUCAACGGUCGAAAGAUCGAUUCGGGGUUGUCAGCGAAUUCUUCGCCAGAGGAGUGAUGCGGCCGCAGAGCACCAUGGAAUGA